UCACGGACAAGAGAUCCUUGCAGCUAGCUUGCAUGCAAAUAAAACUCAUGCUGUUUCAGCCAUUUAUUACCUGAAUUGAAGAACCUCCUUCAUAAUACACAGAAUAUAUUCGUAACAAAUGUCCGCAUGCAGUCUUUACAAACCAUGCCUGAUUUAAAAAGACAAUGUUUGAUCACUUAAACAAGCAACGACUGUCUUCUGUAACGUUAGUACAUGUAGCUCUCUUGCUAACCUAAAUACGUUAAAGCAACCAGCUAAGAAGAAACAGACAGAAUGCCAAACGCAACUACGCGUCCCAAGCGGUCAAGACGCAGUCGACGGGCUCCAAGAGAAGAUUCCGCAAGGAAUGAACUGGUGUCGCGAUCCUUGGAGAGUGCUCAGCAGUGCCUUUAUAAUCAAGACUAUGGCACAGCGUAUGUCCACUACCUCUUGGUCCUUAAUCUGGAACCUCUGCUGAAAGAUUUUGCAAAGGAAUCUUUUAGGUUUACUCUUUUCAAAUGGGCAGAGGAGCUGGACUCACUUGGGCGCAUUCAGGAUCUUUUUGACUGCUAUGAGCAAGCGUUAGAGCUGUUCCCUGUGGACGAGGUCAUCCUGAACAGUAUGGGGGAGCACCUCUUCAGAAUGGGCUUUAGAGAUGAGGCUGCCGGCCACUUCCACAAAGCGCUGAAACUGAGACCGGACUUCCCUGAGGCCAAAGAGAACUUCUACCGUGUGGCCAACUGGCUUGUGGAGCGGUGGCACUUCCUAAUGCUCAAUGACCGUGGGCGAAACUACAAGUACCAGCUGGCCAUCCAGAAGGCAGUGCGUGGGGGCUGUAGCACGGUGCUGGACAUCGGCGCUGGCACUGGCAUACUAGGGAUGUGUGCUAAGAAGGCUGGAGCAGCCGAGGUGUACGCGUGUGAGCUGUCCAAGACCAUGUAUGAGCUGGCUUGUGAGGUGGUGGCUGCCAAUGACAUGGAAGGCAGAAUAAAAAUCCUCCACAUGAAGUCUCUGGAGAUGGAGAUUCCCAAAGACAUUCCCAAACGGGUGUCAUUGGUUGUCACUGAGACUGUAGAUGCAGGGCUGUUUGGUGAAGGCAUCAUUGAGACUUUAAUUCAUGCCUGGAACCACCUCCUUCUGCCUCCUCAGAAUUCCCAGGAUCCCCCGGCGAGCCCCUCUGAGACAGGCCGUGUCAUUCCCGCUGGAGCCACCGUCUUUGGGAUGGCUGUGCAGUGCCAGGAGAUCCGGCGCCACCACAGGCUGUGUGUGUCUGCUGUGGGAGGCCUAGAUCUAGAGGCCGUGGGGGAGAUCCACAGCCCCGUGAGCUGCUCUGCAGAUGCAGAUGACUCCACUGAGCCCUACACCACCGAGAGGCUGAGCCGCCUGCCUGGGGGCUACACACCCCUCACCAGCCCAUUCAGAGCUCUGGACAUCGACUUCAACGACCCUCAGGAGCUGGAGGGCCUGUGCUCCAGGGAGGUGAGCCGGCUGAGUCUGACCGUGACCCAGGAGGGCGUGCUGGACGCCCUGGCCGUGUGGUUCCAGCUGCACCUGGACGAGGAGAACAGCCUGUCCACGGCCCCUCAGGAGAAGACGUGCUGGGAGCAGGCCAUCUACCCCAUCCAGGGCCCACAGGACUGUGCAGUAAAGCCCGGUGACCGGCUGCUGGUGGAGGUGUCCUGUAAGGAUGCGUACCUGCGCCUGUGCUGCGUUGCCGUGGUGAGGGACGGCUGUGUGCUGCGUCUGGACAGCUGGGAGGGUGGAGACGUCUGGGGCUCCGACUCGGCCUCCAACCCAGAGGUGGAGCUGUGCAGCGCUCUGGCCGGCCUGCAGACGGACCCCGACGGGCCCCUGGAGGCCUUCAUGCUGGAGUGCUCCGAACUGGCUCUGCUCAACAACACACACUACCACCAGAACUUCCAGGCGGCUCUGAACAAGCUGCUGACUCGUCUCAAGGAGACCCGCGGCGGGCCGGUCACUGCGGAGGGCCCGGAGCCGCUGUACGUGCUGGACGUGAGCGAGGGCUUCUCCCUGAUCUCCCUCAUCGCCGCCCACCUCGGCCUCCACCUGGCCGCCGGCUCGGAGUCCGGCUGCGGCCUGGUGCGCGCCUACAGCUCUGUGGAGAAGGAGCAGCACCAGACCAUCCUGCGCCUGCUGGCCCAGGGCAACGGCGUGCCCGUGGAGGCGCUGGAGUUCUGGCUCAACCACGUGGAGGACGACUCGGCCGUGCUCCAGAGGCCCACCACAGAGAAGCUGUGGAGCGCCAUCGUGCUGGACUGUGUGGAGACCUGUGGGCUGCUCAGACAGAAGCUCAUGGAGAAGGCCACGCUGGGCAGGUGUCUGCUGGAGGACGGUGGGCGUAUAUUCCCAGAGCGCAUCGUGAUCUACGGGCUGCUGGUGGAGUCGGACAUGCUGCUCCAGGAGAGUGCUGUCCAGGGCAGAGAGCCAACGCUGGGCUUCAACAUCGCCCCCUUCAUCAACCAGUUCACAGUGCCUAUCCAUGUCUUUCUGGAUCUUUCUACUCUGGAGUGUACAUACCUCAGUGAGCCUGCAGAGCUCUUCACUCUAGACCUCAUGAACACACACAAUAAUUAUCCAGCCAGAGAAAUAAUGGUGCGGGUCACUGCCUCGGGCAGAGUAACAGCCGUCCCCUUCUGGUAUCAGAUUCACCUGGAUGAAGAGUGGAGCGUCAGCACCUUCAGUCAGGAGUCUCACUGGAAGCAGGCAGCGGUGGUGCUGCAGGACCCUCUGUGUGUGGUGGCGGGGGACACGGUCAGGCUCACCGUUCAGCUGCACAAGAGCAGCCUGACCAUCAGCGCCACCAAGGAGCAGGACGCGCCCGUGGCCAUGGAGGCCAGCAGGGCCGAGGACGUCGUGGCCAUGGACACCGCAAAAGAGGAGGGGGCUGCCGUGCCUGCUGCCAAGGUGGAGGGCGCUACUCUCACAUACUCACCCACAACGGGGGGAGCGGCGGUCACAGAGUCUUGUCGGCUGGAAGGGUUUUUCAUGGACUCGAUGCCCCCAAACACUUAAUCCUAGUCUUGAAUUUACAGCUGUAUCAGAUCCAGUAGAUUUCACUGGAUGUAUCAAAGGAGCUAUUUAGGACUACUGUUUGGAUGUUGUGGGACUAUGUAACUGAGGCUUAGAAAUGUGCAAAAAAAACCAACAUUAGUGUCUUUUUGUAUUACUUCAUGAACAGUUCAUUGACUUUCCCUGGGCAGUUCAGAACUGCAGAACACCUUGAGAGCACUCGCCGCAGUUCAGAAGGUGGCUCAUUCCAUGUCAAAUCUGAUCAAAAUAGUUGCAGCACUCUUUCAAGAUUUUGCACAAAGUUUUCACAUUGUUUUGGCUUUGGAUCUUGGGAGAAAUGUUUUAAUAUUUUAAAAGUAUUAUUUGUAGUUUGCGCUAAACUUUCCAGGAUGGCAGGACCAUUAAAACUUUGUACUGCAUGCCUAUUGAUUUUAUAUAAGGCCCUGGACAAAGUGCGAAAAAGAGUGAUAUUCAGGGUAUUAUCAAUCAUAAAAGACAAACUGUGCCUGCUUGGUAUCAAUCAGUAUUUUGUCUGCAGAUAAAAUGUCUUAUUAAUGUUGUCAAUAUGUGAGGUAUCCAUAGCAUUGAUAUGGGGAAACUGCUAAUUUACCAACUUUGAUGCUACUGUGUGUACUUAAUCUAGUCUUAGUCUUUUGAAAACGACCAAAAUACGUAACCCUCCGUGGGUUAAUUCCUUGGAGAACUCUGAUAUCUUCACAACAUUAAUACACUAUUGUAUUUAAAGAACUUAAUGAUUGAUAUCAAAUACCCUCAAUAUCCCUCUUUUUGAAUGCUAUACAAACUCUUAAUGGUUCAGUCAUACUAAAAUGAUGAAGAUUAUGUGUUUUUCAGGCCAUCAAACUGAAGGAAUAUCGGGCUGAAAAUCUUUUGACAUUGCCAUUGGAUUUUAACAGAAAUAUUUUACAAGACUUGGUUUUGGGACUGACAAUGUUGUAACAAAAUCUGAGAUGGUGCAGCAACAACCUUAUCUGAUUUGACAUGGAAUGACCCAAGUGGCUUCAAGAUAUUUAGUCAUGUAGCAUUAUGCUUAAUGAAAACAGUGCUGCGAACCAGCAGAGCAAGGAGGAAUGUUUCAGAAGGAGAAUAUUUUCUAAAAUAAAAUCAUGAACUAAUUUCCAGAUUAGGUCACUACUAGUAUUUAAUGGUCACCAAAGUCAGUAAUAUUACUGUAAAUAAACCUAACCAUCUACAAACAGUGAUGCUCAGUAACAAAACAGGUCGAUUACUAAUCCAUUUCCCUGUAAUAUUUAAUGUUUGACAAUUGUUAAGUAAGGCAAUGCAACAUAGCUGCACAUAUGAUUACAGUAAACACAUCACAUUUGAUAUGAUCAGUACUGCAAAUAUGAUGAGCUAGCAAACAGAAACUGAAAAGAUAGUACCUUGAUCACAAUAUUAUCCCUCAGCUAUAUGAUCAUCCUCUCUUCCUAAGCUGGAAGUCAAUGCACAGACUCUGGAUGUCCAAACUGGCACAUCUCCAUUUAUUACAACAAACUAAGCAAAGACACUAAAUCUUUGGUUAAAACGUCAGUUGAGAUGGUCCAGAACAUAUAUUGUUAAUGCAGAAAACUAACAAAUAUGGAACCUCCAGGUUUUGGUUUUCCAUCAUUUCUAAAAACAAAUAAAAUAAAAAAUAAAAUAAAAACCAAUAGCCAGUGGAAUCGAGGAACACUUGGCUGUCAGUUGAACUUAAAGAGGAAGGAAGGAAAAAGCAGCUGGGUUGUACAUGCUCAUGUAUUAAGAGAACUAGGCAGUAUGCAUGAUUUUAUGAUAGCACCACAUAAAAGGUGCAGGAAAUAAA